UCACGAGCCAGUUCACGUUUGACAGUGGUAGCGAGAGGUUGUUAUUCGUUGGGCCAUCGGUGCAACGGCGAUGGCUUCGUACGAAGAAGUUGGGAUAGGAGAUGCCGUCCUCUUGGAUGAAAUAUCGACGAGGGCCUUCGUGGAUAACCUAAGAGUCAGAUUCAAUGGCGGGAAGAUUUACACUUACAUUGGGGAGGUGUGUGUGUCUGUCAAUCCUUACAGAACAGUCAACUUAUAUGGAAAAGAAUAUGUUACACAGUACAAAGGCAGAGAGAUCUUCGAGAGGCCUCCGCACAUCUUUGCCAUUGCCGAUGCAGCGUAUAAGGCAAUGAAGCGCCGUGGGCAGGACACCUGCAUUGUCAUCUCCGGAGAGUCGGGUUCGGGUAAAACAGAAGCCUCAAAAAUCAUCAUGAGAUACAUUGCUGCUGUUACCAAUGUAGCUGGACAACAGGAAAUUGAAAGAGUGAAAAAUGUCCUCCUCCAGUCAAAUGCAAUUCUUGAAGCAUUUGGAAAUGCCAAGACAAACAGAAAUGACAACUCCUCUCGAUUUGGUAAAUACAUGGACAUCAACUUUGACUUUAAGGGUGAUCCUAUUGGAGGUCAUGUGCAAAAUUACCUGCUGGAGAAAUCACGCGUUGUACUUCAGCAACCUGGUGAACGCAAUUUCCACUCAUUCUACCAGGUUUUGUUUGGAGCCUCGGAUUCAGAGCUGUCUCGUCUCAAGUUAAAACGUGAUGUGAACUCCUAUCACUUCAUUCGCCAAGGAGGCACCCCCAGAGUUGAUACCAUUGCUGACAAGACUGAUUACAAGGCUUGCCAGGGAGCUUUCAAAACACUAGGGUUCUCAAAUGAGCAAAUUGAUGCUAUUUGGAGAAUUGUCAGCGCUAUUCUUCACUUGGGGAACAUAGAGUUCACAAGCAGUGGGGAUGAGACUCAAAUCAAGAACCCAAAAGUGGUGAAGGACAUUGCAGAACUCUUGCAUGUCUCCCCCGACCAAGUGACUAAGGCACUCUGUCACCGAGUGAUUGCUGCCAGAGGAGAGGUCAUGGAGAAACGUCACACAGAAAGUGAAGCAAGUUAUGGUAGAGAUGCUUUUGCCAAGGCUAUCUACGAAAGACUGUUUUCGUACAUUGUACAAGGGGUCAACUCGGCCAUUGAAGUUCGUUAUGACAACCAAUCACCUCAGUACAAAUAUAAUACUGUCAUUGGUGUGCUGGACAUCUAUGGUUUUGAAAUUUUUGAACGAAACAGUUUUGAGCAGUUUUGUAUCAAUUAUUGCAAUGAAAAACUGCAGCAGCUCUUCAUUGAACUUGUAUUGAAGCAAGAACAAGAAGAGUAUAAGAGAGAAGGCAUUGCUUGGCAAACUAUAGAUUAUUUCAACAACCAGAUAAUCUGUGAUUUGGUUGAGCAGAAUCACAAAGGAAUAAUUGCCAUUACAGAUGAGGCUUGCCUUAACGUUGGAAAAGUAACAGAUGAAAUGCUCCUGGAAGCAAUGGAAAAGAAAUUGAAGGGCCAUGAUCACUUUACUACGCGCAAACUUUCCCCAAUGGACAAAGAGCUCAAGCAUGUGGAAGAAUUCCGUAUCAAACAUUAUGCCGGAGAUGUUGUCUACUCAAUCAAAGGCUUCUUGGAGAAGAACAAGGACACACUAUUCCAGGAUUUCAAGAGGCUGAUGUAUUCGUCCUCAGAUAAAGUUAUAUCAUCAAUGUGGCCAGAGGGAGCCCAAGACAUCACAAUGAUCACCAAACGUCCUUUGACAGCUGGAACGAUGUUCAAGAAUUCCAUGAUUGCUCUGGUAAAGAAUCUUGCCUGCAAGGAGCCAUAUUAUAUCCGUUGCAUUAAACCAAAUGACCAGAAAUCUCCCGUCAUCUUUGAUCAGGAAAGAGUAACGCACCAGGUAAAUUAUCUUGGUCUUGUGGAAAACCUGCGUGUCAGAAGAGCUGGAUUUGCUUACAGGCAGAGCUAUGAUCGCUUCCUGAGAAGGUACAAAAUGAUAUCCCAGUACACGUGGCCAAACUUCCAUGGAGGCACAGAUAGAGAGGGUACCAAAAUUCUAGUUGAAGAACAAGGUUUCAGCAACGAUGUCAAGUAUGGAAACACCAAGCUAUUCAUCCGGUCUCCACAGACACUGUUUGCCCUAGAGCAGGGUAGAGCAAAGUUGAUCCCAGGAAUAGUCAUCUUCUUGCAAAAGAUGUGGCGAGGAGCAAUCUGCCGAAUGCACUAUCGUCGUCUGAAGGCUGGACUGACCAUAUUGGCUCACUACAGAAAGUACAAAAUGAGGUCAUACAUGCUAGAGCUCAACAGAGUGUUCAGAAAUGUGAAACAAAUGCCAGACUAUGGUAAACAUCUGAGAUGGCCUGCCCCACCCCUUGUUCUGCGAUCCAUGGUAUCAGACUUCCAGAGUAUCCACAAUCGCUGGAGAGCGCAUAUGAUCCUUUCAAAUGUCCCCAGAGCAGACUGGCCACAGCUUAGAAUUAAGGUGAUAGCUGGAGAUGCUCUCAUGGGCAAACGUGCUGAUUGGGGUGUUCGUGAAUACUGGGAGGGAAAUUAUUUGGCAUUAGCAAAGGAGAACCCAUCUGCCUCUAACUUCCAGUCUGCUGUGAGGAACAUGAGGAACAAAGAUGGAUUCAGAGAAGUCCUGUUCUCAAGCCUGAUAAAGAAGAUAAACAAGAAGAACAAGUCUUCAGAACGUGCAAUUUUAGUCACUGACAGACACAUUUACAAGCUGCACAACAAAACCUUCAAGCCCCUUAGAUCACCAAUUCCCAUAGUAGAGGUCAGUGGAAUAAGUGUAAGUCCUGGUCAAGAUCAACUAGUCAUCAUUCACUUGAGAAGUGGGAAUGAUUUUGUCAUCUCAAUAAUGUCUCAGUCAAAUGCCAAUCGUGUUGGAGAGUUAACAGGACUGCUCCUUCGUCAGUAUCAACUCUUAAACCGUCAGGAUUUGCGUGUUAUUGUUAAUGCAAGUCUUCAGUGCAUGUUGGGAAAUAAGUCACGGAUGAUAAAUGUGGAAGAGAACAGCGUAGGAUCAUUCCCCGCAUUUAGUAAGGGACCAAAGCGAGAACUAAUCUACACGUGGCCCACAACUAUGAACAAGGAAUUGCCUCCACCUCCAAAGACCUCCCACAGGCAGGCACCAGCACCUCCAUCACGUUCCCCGGGAGCUAAUGGUUAUGGAAAUGGGCACAUAAAGAGUAAUGGACAUAGCAAUGCUAACCGCCAUAGUAAUGGGGUCCAUACAUAUGGCAAUGUGUAAUUUCUACGCUCACAUAAAGCUCACUUCAUGUUCAUUUGGUGUGCGUGUGUGUGUGCGUGUGUAUUGUGUAAAAGAAGAGGACUGUUUGUGAUGUGAGGGAACUGAAUGUAGAUAAAUAUGGGAAAGAUGUGCCUUAUAUUGAUAAUUCUGAUAUAGAUACUAAAUAGUACUGUGCUGGAGACUGACAAAAUGCUUGAAAUCUAGUUGGUUUUUGUAAAUUUAUAACUACAGCUGCCAAGAUUAUUAUUUUGUAAAAUUCACCGUAGUUAGUAUUAUAUAUUGAAUUAUAUUUAAUUUCAUUCUUCAUUUAAUAUUAGCAUAAUCAUUUCAUUUCAUAAUCAUGUGAUGUCAUUUAACCUUUAGUUCUGUGGGACCAUAACUUUUUUAUGAAUAGUUAUAGCUAACAAAAUCAUUCUUCAUUAAUGACAUAGCAAUUUUAAAUGUUUCUUACCGACUUUAAGAAAGUCUCAUUUUUAUAUUAAUCUGUAAUUCAUGCAACUUUCAUCUUCUUCCUAAUAUGCUUUUCAUUUUGCUGUUAAUGGAGAUAUGAUUAUAUUUGUAGUGUUGAGUUUUAUAUGAAGGCCUUCCUAUUAGCAGAUAGGAUGAAACCUUGUAUCUAAAAUGCCCUAUUUCUUUUUUCAGAGUAAAUCUAUUUAUAUGUAUAUUUUUGCUGACUGCGUAAUUCAAGUAUAAAAGCUUACUCAGUAAAUCGUUGUUCGUUAAAUUACAGUUAUUACACAUUUUAAUGCUGUACAAAAGCUAACUUCUAAAUUCACCCUUUAGGUAAAAUUCAGUCCUAUCUUAAAUUCCCAGUUUACAUGAAUUUUGUGCUUAUCUUUAAAUGGGUACAACUUCAGUAAAUGUAUCAAUUGAUUUGAAAUGAAAAGCACCAACAAAGGUCACUUGUGUGAUCUUAAUUGUCGCACUGUUGUAUCUUUCAGCUUGUACCAGUAAACUUAAUGCAGUACGACAACAAAAGAGAAAAUUGUCAAAAUUAAAUAUUUAAAGUUGCAGUCCAGCUGUACUUUGCUGUGAUAUGAAAUUCAGUGAAGUUUGCAUUUAUUCUUCAACAAUGUAGGUGGUUUAUAAAGUGCAAUUUUUUUAAAAGUACUUAAAGUUUACCAAGAUCAUUUAGCACAUGGAUUUGUAUAUCUGACCAAAUCACUACAGUUCAUUAUUUUUUUAUUGCUGUGCCAUUUGUAAAUUUUUAUUAUGUGGUGUGAACUAUUGAAAUUUUUAUAGAUGGUCUUCAAAUUAAGUUGAGCUGUCACUGCUGUUGCUUUCUGUAAUAGCUAGGGAUAAUAUUUUAAGGUAUAUCUAGUGCUUUUGCUGGUUUACGUGAAACUUCACUGCUGCGCAGGCUGUGUACCUAGUUUUUGCUUAUGGGUAAAUUGGAAUAAAUGUUGACAUUCUCACAUCUUUUGAAUGGAGACGAGAUGAUCUAAAUUUUGUUCUUGUUUUUUCCUGUCAUAUUUUUAAAAAUGUUACUUGCCGUACUUUCUCUGAAAUAAAGUUUUCCUGAGUGGUGUCACUCAUCGUGUAUAUUAUUUUCUGGUUUUGCUAUAAGCCUAGAAUAACGUUACUAAUAUGUUACCCCUACCUUUUUUCAGUUACUUCCCAUCUCAUAUCACGCUAUGAGAAUUAGACAAAAUGGCAACCUGUGUCAAGGUUAUUUGCUUUGUGCCAGGUAGUGCUAAUUGUACCACUAUUUUUACAAAGAUUCUUUGAAAAUCCAGCUCUGUAAUGCUCUGUUCUUUGCACUUUUGGCUUUUUAGAGGGCAUUACUGUUGCUCUGUAUUGGAAUUCUGCUAUGAUAGCAGGAAUAAAUUGUAAUUUUGUAUAUUACAUGUUUAUGAAUAAAGUAUAUAUAUAUUA